CAACCUUUUAAACCACUCUCCGCCGUCCCUCUCUCUUCCUUCAUUGGUUUCCCCACUCUCUCUCUCUCUCUCUCUCUCUCUCUCCGCACUUGUCCAACACACAGAGAGAAACAGAGACAGAAGAGAGCUUUGGAUUUGGAAUUCACAAAGAUGGCGUCUCCCAGACUCUCAUUCGGAUUCGGAGUCGUGGCCAUGCUCGCCACUCUCAUUUUCGCCCUUUCCUUCCCAGCUUCCGUUCACGCCCAGACGCCAUCCCCUGCUCCUUCCCCUACCAGCGACGGUUCGUCAGUAGAUCAAGGGAUAGCGUAUGUGCUGAUGUUGUUGGCUCUGGCUCUGACGUACCUCAUCCACUCCGCUGAUCUUUCCACCACCUUAUGAAUUUGAACCACACAGGAAGGAAAUUUGAUUUAGGAUUGAGAGUGGAUUUUUUAGGUGACAGUGCUUCGUUAGUUAUUCUCAAUGUUAGUAUAUUUCUCUUAGCAAUUUAUGUGUAUGAAUGGAUUCAUUAACAGUUUGCAAUAGGGAUUGCUUUCUUAUUUUCCCAGUAAGUCUGAGGAUGUCAAUGUUACCUCCUACAUAAAGCACCAAAUUCGUGUGUUUGUUUUGGCUUUCAA